AUGAGGGGUGGUCUGCUGUGGCUGUCGCUCAUCUGCCUCUGCUGUGUGGCCGCCGCCUCAGGCGGCAGUGCCGUGGAUGUCAAGACGGUGUUGCUGCAGGACUUUGACUUCUACCACACGACCGACCAGAUUCACCACCGGCUCAACCAGCUGAGCCAGUCAUGCCCAGACCUCACUUUGGUGUGUCUGGCCAGGCUGACCAAGAGAGAGAAAGAGCGAGGCAGGCGUGGAGCAAUAUGAUUUGUUUGUGUGUGUCUGUGCUCUGGCUCAUGCAGUCUGAGCGUCGCAACGGUUCUGCAUCGAUUGACGUGGUCACCGUUCGCAAGAAGGGCGUCGAGCCGAUCAACCGCGUCUUCAUGCUCUUCGGCGAACACGCCAGAGAGUCAAUGAGCGAUCACGCCAGAGAGCCAGAAUGAGCCAAUGGCAGCCACAAUUGCUCGUCACUCGUGUCAGGUUGAUCUCUCCCGAGACGGGACUGUACAUGAUUGAGGCGCUCUGCCAAUCGCCGACCGUCAAAAACAAAAAGCUGCUCAAGGAGGCGAAGUAAAGACCCACUCAGACUGAAGGACAUCUGCGGCGGCUUACCUGUCCGUGUGUGUGUCAGGCACGUGUUGGAGAGCACCAUGUUCUCGAUAGUUGUCAACGGCAAUCCGCAGUCCCGCCGGCGAGUCGAGGAGGGCGAGUAUUGCGUGAGGGUCAACGAACACGGUGAGGCAUGAAUCAAUGAAUGGAUGCACGCCCCACCGUGAGCUCUCUGUGUCUGUGUCUGAUGUGUGCAGGAGUCGACUUGAACCGCAACUGGGACGACCACUGGACGGUAUGCAUGUGUGGAGGAAAUGGGUGGCUGACAAGACACCCUCAUGUAUCGGAUACCCUGUCUGUCUGUCAGUCUGAGUCAAAUCUUGGCCCCGACACGAAUCCUGGUGCCAAGCCCUUCUCCGAGCCAGAGACAGCCAUCUUCCUCAACCUCGUCGAAGAAGUCAAGGUGAGAGUGAAACAGGCCGAGAGAGAGAGACAUGAUUCGUUCGACUCUGCUCCCUUUCCGCCUCAGCCGACGACGUUCGUGACGGUCCACUCAGGGACGUUCGGCAUGUAUCAGCCGUGGGCAUACGAGCAGAAGGAGGCGCCCAGAAACGCACAACGCAUGAGCAAAAUACUCAGGUAUGUGAGUGGGGCUUACACAGCCACAGAAGGCCUUCAUCUGUGUGUCCUGUGUAUGUAUUGGCCUGCAGAGCGCUCGACGCGAAGCACUGCACGUGUCCGUUCGGUGCAGCGGCAGUGCAGGUGGGGUACCCAUGCCCGGGCACAUCCCUCGACUUCGUCUACGACAAGCUCGACCCGCCGGCCAACUACGCAUUCGCAUUCGAAAUCUACACAUCCCCCUCUCGCACCGUUGGUCAGCCAUCUUGCAGGAUCAAAGGCAAUCUUUCCGUUCUCAUCUUUGUGUGUGUGUGAAUGCCGUCAGGGUUGAAAGAGCGAUACGAGCUGGCGAUGCGAAAGCAGUCAACGGUCGACGAGCAAGACGCGGCGAGCUUCGUUGCUGUGGCCACCCGCGCGUCGUUUCUGCGCAAGAAGAAGCACAAGCGGACCGCCAGGGCACGGGUGACGCCCGACGGGCGGGUGCUGUUCGAUGAGGGCAUCGGCGGCCUGUGGAACUACAACCCUGUAGAUGGCAGCUCCAUGACGUAAGAAAUGACAAGAAGCGAGCGAGCGAGGCGAGGCAGGGAAAGGUGGCACGAAUGUGUUUUGUUGCGCGUGUUGUGUGUGUGGCAGUCCCGAGCAGUGUAUGGAGCAGUUUAACCCACAGUCGAGGAAGGACUACGACAGAACCGUCAGCGUGUGGGCGACGGUGCGCACCCUCGCAACUGCCGCCUUCCGCACAGGCAAACGACCGUGUUUCCGUUCUUGCGCUUUCUGCAGGUGUUCAUCGAGUUGGCGCAGAUGGUGUCCGACGACAAGAGCCACACGCACAAGCUAGAAGAGCAUCCACUCCUCUUCCAGAGUCGCAGCAAGGAGGGCUGCUUCGGCACAAAAGACAAAGUCUGA